AUGCAUACACCCUCGUUAUUCUUGGCUUCCGUGGUCAUUCUUUCCUCAUUUGCUUCCGCAGAGGGGGAUCGACCAAAAUAUUACUUUCCACGAGAAAUCAAAAGACAAAUUUAUUCGAACAACACGAUUACGAGCAAUGUUCCAGCUCAAACUUCAAACACAAAUGAUGACUCCACAAUUACAUCUUCAUUCUCUUCAACCAUAAGUUCGCAAUCGGAUGAUGGGGCUCAGGAUACUACGACAAAUAAACGGGCAUCUUCAAGCGAUACUUUAUUGGAUUCACUUUCAUCCAUGUUUAAUUUAGGGCCAACAACUACGACAUCGGCAGCUGCAUCGAGUUCAUCAAGUUCAUCUACGAGCUUUACUUUUAGCACUACAUCCUCGAGUACACCAGUCCCAACCGAUGCAGUAUCUUCAAAUGAUGCAACAACUGCUUUGGUUACUAGUGCAGCGAGUUUAGGAACUGGAUCCAGUGAAGCCCCUACAAUUUUACCAUCUACGAGUUCCAGCUCUAGUUACAGUUACAGUUUUAGUUCCACUUCGACUUCAACUUCGACCUCGACCCCGACUUCGACUUCGACUCCAUCUGUUGAAUCAACUUCCUUGCCAGCUUCUUCUUCUUCGAGCGAGUCAAUUCCAUCUGUCACAAGCACUUCAGUUUUGAGCGUUGCAUCAAGUUCUACUGUUGGACUAACUGGGAUUUCCGACGCAUCGACAGGAACUGUCCAAACUGUAUCUGUUCCUACAACUACUAGUACUUCUAGUUCGACCCCGGAAGGAAUUACCGGAGUUCCAACUGGAGCAUCAAGUUCCUCGACCGCUUCCAAACCAUCAUCCAGCUCUUAUGUCCUUGUUGGGCUCUCAUCAGCCACCACAAAGUCAGUUGCCGAACCCAGCAGUUCUAGCGGUGGAAUCGAUUUGUCUCUCGGAUUAGGGUUAAUUGGAGCUUCUACUGGUGUAUCUACAGCCUCGAGCGCAACCAGUGCUCCGAGUUCCUCAAGUGCAUCCAUUCCUGAAUCAUCGACAAGCACAUCGGCAAAAUCUAGUGAAACUAAAGCUGCUGAAUCUUCAACCACAAAAUCGAGCUCGAGUUCAGUGGCAUCUAUUGCCUCGGAAACUUCAGUUUCGAAUUCAGGCUCAGUUGUAGGUAUCACCGGAGUACCCACUGGAUCAGGAUCAUCAGUAACUAUUCCAGUCUCAAUUCCAACUUCCACGGAGACUCCAAUCCAAAGUUCAAGCACUGCAGGCAUUUCCGGAGCACCUACUGGUAAAGCCCCGACUAUUAUUUCCAGUACUUCCCAAUCCACGGAAUCUUCAACAAGCUCUGUAGUCCCAACUGAAUCAUCCUCAACUUCCACCGGAACUGGAUCAGCCCCAAGUACAAUUGUAUCCCCAUCAUCUAGCUCAUCUGCAACCAGUUCUUCAAGCCCUAACCUUUUGGAACCAAUUGUCGCUUCUACAGGCUUGAUUCCAUCUAUUGUCAUUCUUCCCACUAUAACUUCAGGAUCUAGUUCUCAAAGCGCAUCAAAAACUUCAGCUGCUGCUUCAUCAUCUACUAGUGGAAUUACAUUUGGACCUGGUGGAGUUUUAUCUGGAUCAAGCUCUGUCAUUGCAAGUUCUACAGAUACAAAUGCAUCGCCAGUAUCCGUCCCAACUGCUUCAUCUUCUGGAGUAUCAUUCUCAGGCUCAGCAGCUACCACUGCCCCUGCUUCUGAUACUACUAGCUCGACUGGUCUUUUGGGAAUUGUUGCUACCGCAGCAAGCAGUUUGGUUGGUGAUGUGACCUCAGAUGUAGGAACGGUAGUAUCUCAAGUCACAACUGCUAUUUUACCAUCAGAUUCUUCAGCCUCAAGCUCAACUGCCAAAGUUACUGGAUCAACUACUGGCGUAUCAGAUAUUUCAGCACCAAAAACUGCUUCUACGGGUAGUUCGACACCUUCAAGUGUGGCUGGAAUUACUGGUGCCUCAACUGGUAUCUCUUCACCUUCCAGCACAAUCUCUGGAAUCAGUGGAGCUCCUACAGGUAUAUCUACAAAGUCAUCUGCUGCCACCUCAUCUUCUGGUGACUUACUUUCAUCUUUGAUUGGUGGCGUAUCAUCUUUGGUAUCUACUGCCACAUCUGAUCUUCUUCCAACUUCUGCAACUUCCCUCACAGAUGCUAGUGUCUCGGCUUCCUUAUCGUCGGCAGGUAUUAUUGGAGCUACUACUGGUGUUUCUAGUGCAUCUGCAUCAACUACAACUCCAGCUGGUUUACUUCCGUCUCUUGUGUCCGGAGUUACAUCUGAUCUUCUUCCAACUUCUGCAACUUCCCUCACAGAUGCUAGUGUCUCGGCUUCCUUAUCGUCGGCAGGUAUUAUUGGAGCUACUACUGGUGUUUCUAGCGCAUCCGCAUCAACUACGACUCCAGCUGGUUUACUUCCAUCUCUUGUGUCCGGAGUUACAUCUGAUUUACUUCCAACCAGUACUGCCUCAGUUUCUGGAACAGAUGUUAGUGGUUCAGCAUCGGCUACAGGCACUUUGAGCAGUGCUAGUGCCUCAGGUACUGCUUCUGCUACAGGUCUUUUAUCUGGGAUCACUUCCGACCUUGGAUCGGUUACAUCUGCUUUAUUACCAACCACUAGUGCUACGGAUUUGAGUGCUUUAGCAUCCUCGGCAGGAAUUAUAGGCCCAGUUACAGGAAUUAGUUCUACUGCUACCGGGUCAUCUGCCGCAGGAAUUACAGGCCCAGUCACAGGAAUUAGUUCUACCGGGUCAUCUGCCGCAACUUCGACUGGUCUUCUUCCUGGUGUAAGUUCUCUUCUUGGAUCGGUCACAUCAGAUAUUGGAUCAGCUACCUCAACAAUUUUGAGCGGAACUGGUAUAUCUGCCUCGGCUACAAUAACUUCUGGAAGUGCAUCAGCUACAGGAUUGUUGACAACUGUUAUUUCUGGUAUCACUUCUGUCAUUGGCUCUCCAACAGGUCCCUCGUCCGCUGCAGCUAGUUCUACUACACCUUCUGCUUCUAGUUCGACUCCAUUGGUCAGUUUAAUCUCGAGUAUUCUUGGAUCUGGUACUAGCAGUGGUUCAUCAGCCACGAUCACAGGCCACGUCUCCAGUGCUACCGGUGCUUCAAAUGCUACCGCUAUCAUUUCUGGAACAGAUAUCACAUCAAGCACUUCAAUAAGCCUUGGAUCUUCAUCAACAAUCUCAGGAACUCUCCUUCCAACAAGUGCGAGUGGUAAUGGGACUAUUCCAUUAUCUGCAACUAGUUUCUCCACCAGCGUUGAGACCGGAUCUUCUACAAUCAAAUCUAGUUCAGGAACAGGAGUUAUUAUUUUACCAACUCCAUCCCUAACUUCUGCAACAAGUAGAUUAGGCAAUUCCACGGCCACCUCAAUCUUAGCUUCCUCAGCUUCUUCCGGUUCAGCUUCAAGUCUUUCAAGCAUUGGAACAUCUGUUUCUGCGACAACUACCCCAAAGACGACGGUAUCUGAUAUUUCUUCAACAGCAGCUUCAUCAGCAACUGUUACAUCUGGAAGUUCAGCCAGUACAGCUCGAAUUACAUCUACAUCUUCCUCAGCUACCCCAACAAUAAUUGCCUCUCCAACUCACGAAAGUACUACAGCAAUCGUAAAAACCCAAGCACCUACUGAGACAACUCCUCCCCUCACUAUCUACCCAACAGCUACAAAUAAUGCAACGUCAAUGUGGCUUCCACAAACCAUUAUUGUUCAAUCAUCAUCCACAGAUCAAGCUACUCCCACGAAUACUGCACUUGCGACAUUUCUACCAAAGGUUAUCACACCCAGUGGUUCUAUUCCAUCAAGUCCAGAAAAUGCCACAUUGAUUCAACUUGGUUUCCUCUUCCAACUUAACUACGCAUUUGUUGUUGCCAAUCCACUUUCAUCUGCACAAAUCUUUCAAUAUCUUCCCGUUGGUAUCGCAGAUGGGUUAGGAAUUAAAAAAGAACAAGUUAUCAUGCACAGUCUCAUUCCUUAUAAUACACAAUCCCAAUUAAAGUUCAUCACAACUUUAGCCCUCGCUUAUAUUCCAACCAAUUUGGUCAGCACUCUUCAACUUGAUUUACAUACUCCAACUGCAGCUAUCUACAACAAUCCUGAUCCAUCUAUUAAUACACUUGUUAACUAUAUCAAUCCUUCCAUUCCAUUGACACCUGGUUCAACUCUUGAAGGUGGAACUGGAACUGGAACUGAUAGUUCUGGAUCUGCGGCAACUACAAGUUCUUCUAGUGGAAAUAGUGGUGUAUUCAAUACCGAUGCUCAAAACACAUCUCCAAAGGUUAAGAGCACCACUGCUGGUAUUGUUGUUGGAGCUGCUGGAGCUGCUGCCGCCUAUGGUGCUGCCAUGUUCUUUAUCGCUCGGAGAUACAAGAAACGUAAGCUUAGCCAUCGUCGAUCAAACUCUAUCAUGAACCCAGCGGAGAUGAGACAAUCUAGUGCUUUUACUGGUGGUGCUUUCAUGUCUGGUGGUCGUCUGACUCCUGGUACUGCAGGACAUGAUAGAAACAGUGGAGGAAGUGGAAGAAGUGCAGGAAAUUCCGCUCGAACGCAACAAAUCUCGGCACCAAUGAUGGCUGAAAAUUCAUUGGGAUGGAAUUGA